CCGGCGUCCUGAUAUUGCAGUCUACAUCUGCACUCGUGCGCAUAUAGACGUCUUCGAUCUGUCUACCAGGCUACUGGAACACAUCCAACAUGAAAGGGUUAAUAGCGUUCUUGGCCGUCGCCAGUGUGGCCUCCGGCGUCCAGUACAAUGGAUUACGAGUUAAAUUCGGCUGGUCGGACGCCCUCGCUGAUGUGGAGUACUUCUACAAAAUCCCCCGAACUAUUAACGACGCUGAAAGUGAAGGUUGGAAACGCACAGAACGUCCUCCUGGAGCUCUUAGCGUGCUUAGGAUGUACUGUCCCCCGGGGAGAGGCGUGUGUGGUCUUUACGAUACCGCCGGCUUCGUAGCAGGGCUGCAACUUGCUUUACCAGUCGACGAAUUCGAAUCCUUGGCCAUCAAGCCUGAGAAGAAAUUUGUGAAAUGGCGCGCCCCAGAGGUCGGAUCAGAGCCUUCAAAGGACUACUGGACCAUAACACAGUACUUUGUUUCUGAAGAGUCACUAAAAGCCGGCGCUGGUCCUCAAGCAGCGAAUGGUGCUACUCUUCAAGAUGGCGGCGUGUGGGUCACAGGUUUAGAUGGCAGACUACUCAGAAUUCCAACCAAAGAAUCUGAUCUGAGCAACACAUUGUAUAAGAAGCAAAAUUGCGUACCAAACAUGGGUACCCAUUACUACUACAACAUGACAAAGGACAUGAAAUGCGAGGACCACCUCCCGUGGUUCGUCCUCGUCAACAAGGGCGAGCUUAUCGGCACAGGCUUCAUGAUGUUCGGCAAACUGGCGCCUCAGAAGACGCGCGACUGGUUCGAAAUACCGCCAACACCUGAACAACUGCCUGAGAUCGUGAUCCCGUACGCACCGCCUUGCUUCGGUGACUGGGCAACAUCUUAUGGACUAGUCACUCUACAUAUUUACUAUAUCGAUGACCCAUGGAACAUUCGUUGCCAAAAUGGAGAUUCUAUAAAGCCAGCUCCUGCUUUCGAACGAUUACUUCUAAACGGAUAUCGGUACGCUCACCAGGUGUCAGAUGAGCUGAAGAGACUGUUUAGCGGUUAAGAUAUAGUUUCCACGCCUUUUGAUGUCAAAUAUCUAAACCACUCUCUCCCUUAUUUUAUUUAUUAUUAACAAUUGUACCAAGUCAAAUAUUUCCCUACAGCCACUUAUGAUGAUGCAGCGAUCCAGAAUACAUCCAAUGAUUAUGGAUUCGAUCCCAGUACAACACAAUAAACAAGCUCCGCCUAAUUUGACACGAGACAGCGCAAAAUGAAGCUAUCCAAGGCUAUUUAUGUAAUAUUUAACUUGUGAUAAUAUAAUUACAAAACAGUG